CGAGGACGACCUGGAUGGCAGUAGUGGCUUCAGGGGAAUUCUGGUGCUGCGAGAAAUCUUUCAAGUAAUUUUUGACGAAGGAAGCUAACUCAGGAAAACAAGACUGAAAUUGAUCGUUCUUCGCGCUAUAUUUUUAGCUAGCGGGGAAGGAAUUGGGAUAAAAACUGGGACUGUGUAAAACUCGGUUUAAGAGCUCAAGUACUGAACACAGAUGAAGAACCAAGUUGCUAGUCAGAUUGGGAUGGAAGACGAAACGGAAAGCUGCUUCGCUUCACCGGGAUCCAUCUUCUCCAUUGUCGACAACAUUCACUGGGCGAUCGCCAGCGCUAGACACAACAAAGCUUAUGUUCUUCGAUUUGUACCUGUAGUUCAACGGAUCACCAAAGUUCUGAACGGUGCAGAUGUUAAGUUUAUCCGCCAAGCGGAAUUCUACAGCGACCUGAGGGAAACUCUGUUCAAGAUUGAAAGCCACGUGAAAGAAAACUCCACGCGAGGGAAAUGGAUGAGCAAGUUGUUGGCGAAGAAGAACCAGAAAAGUGUCGAAGAAUUUGAAGAGCAUGUUGAACAUCUAAUUACUCGAAUCGUCUUCUCCUUUGCGCAACGAGUUCAACUACUGAAUAUGGCUCGCCAAAAACGACAAAGAAGAAGGGUCUUAUCAGAAAUUCAGGAGGAAGACGAAUCAAGCGAAACACGUAGCAACGGGACUGCUUGUUCUAGCUCAUCCUUCGAGGAAGAGCCAUCCAGUGAAGAAGCAUGUCAAGAGGAACUUACAGGAGAACGUUAAAUUUCAAGGUCAAUGCGCUGAUAAUCUAAAGGCAUGAAUCAAAUGACAUAAGAAGUGUUUAAGAGAUGGGCGUCGCGGUUUCUCGGAAUCAUUAAACAUUUCUGACUUUGCGGUAAAAAUCCUUGGUGAUUGAGCUUUCUAAACGAAUAGCUGAAUAGAUUACCAUAUUAUUUAUUAUAUAAACCAAAGGACGCUUUUUCGAAGUCACGUAUUCGGGUGAAAUCUAAAUUAACUUGGAAGGGAAAAUAGUUGUUGUACUUCAUACCCGUGCUAAACAGAAAUGUGUGUCUAUUAUAUAGUGCGUGGUUAUCAUUUUCUUUAGGGUAAACAAGUAGGCUCUUGAAAUGUAAAUUAGCCUCUCUAAAAUGAUGAAUCACUUAUCUUUAUUUUGAAUAUUUUUGUGGGGGCUCACAGCUGUAUAAAAAAUUGUGAGGAUAUAAAAAAGUUAUUUUGAAGCAGUUAUAUUUAAACAUAUUUAAUCAUGGGAAAAUGAUACACAAUAAAGUUGAAUUCACUUGCUUGGC